UUGCCGUCGUCUGGUUUCUUCGUCUUCAGCAUUGUGCAGAGACAGCGGCGUGAGCAGCAGAGACAAGAGUGACAGCGAAGACACAGUGUGUGCACGCGCAUGUCACGACUCUACCAUGCACAUCAUUGACAUUGACAUGGCGGUCUCCAGUCGAUUGCAAAAGCUGUGCGGGCUCAUACGACGGCCUGGCACUGCUCGGUAUUGGAAUGCAUGUGGGAUCACUGAUUGCUUGACAGGCGGUUUCCACGACAGUAUCGGUGCCUUUCAGGCUUCAAAUAUACAACUGAGGAUUCCACGAUAUGGCCACCACAGUAGGCGAUGAUGGUUACAUCCACUAUGGUGCAGCUUCUUCGAGAGCUGGCAAUGUGCCAGCAUCGACAGGCUCCCCUGAAGCCAGCGGCAGCGGAUCAGGCACACUCAAAGGCAGCUCUGACUUCCGCACACCAACGCAUUCCCGAAAUGGAUCGACGGCGAGCGGCUCGACUGCCCCCUUGACGGCUUCCGCCCGUCGCAAAAACGGCACAACGGGCAAAUACAUCUCGCCUACACAUAGCCGCGGCGAUUCUCUCUCAUCGAUGCCCGAGUCAGGUUACUCCAAUCGGUCAGGUGAUCUUGACAAGGCUUACCGCGCCGGCAUGCCGAUCGGUCUUCUCGCGGCUAUGGGUACGCCAUACGCCAAGAAGCCGCUCUACCGAAGCACGAAAUGCAAAGUACUCUGCCUUGCUGUUCUGCCGAUUAUAGUGAUCGUUGUCGUGCUCAUCACCGUGUUCCCGGUUCUCCAGGCAAUCGCAAAGCACGCAUUGCACACUUCGGUUCUGCACAUCUACACCUCUAACUUGACAUUCCUGGCCAACGACUCAUUCGCGCUUACCUUGGAUGGCGAGGCGACUAAGACAGGCAUCUUUCCGGCGCAUAUCUUCUUCCAUCGGCCUGUUGAGGUGUACUGGAUCAAUCCCGACAAUAUGGGAGAGCUCAUGCUAGGCACCUUUCCACUCGAAUAUCUGGGUGCAGCAGCCGGUCACGGCCGGAUUCAUCAGGAGACAUUCUUCACCAUUACGGACGCAGCAGGCUUUGGUCGCUUUGCAGAAUAUCUGAUCACGCAAGAGGCCUUCACAUGGCGCUUGCGCUCAGGCAGCGUCCAGGCAAAGGCUUUCUCCUUCCUUGGCACGCGCGACCUUGAGUUUGUCAAAGAUCUGACCCUCCCUGGCAUGGCCAAUUUCACGAAUGUGGCUAUUGCAGACUUUCAGCUUCCAGGCGAUGAUCCGGCGGGCGGCAUCACACUCGACGUCGUUACGACGCUGACAAACCCCAGCGCCUUUGGUGUCGAAGUAGGCACACUCAUGGUCGAUCUCUUCUAUCAGGACCUCUAUCUGGGGCCAGCACAGACCAGCCAGUUUGUCAAUCUCACGUCGGGCUUCAACAGCUUUCCGCUGACUGGUCGAUUACUAUCGUAUGCCGGUAACCAGACCGCUCUUGCCCAACUUGGCGUAUUAUUCACUAAUUACGUCAAUGGCGACUCGACUUUGGUGACUGCCGUCGGCCGUAGCGUUACGCUACCCAACGGAGACUCGAUUGCAUGGCUCAAUCAGGGCAUACGUGCGCUCCAGCUCAUCGUGCCCCUCAAAUCGCCUACCGGACCUCUCAAUCCGAUCAAAGACAUUCAAAUCCAGACUUUCAGUCUGACAUUUCCAGGUGCACCGACAUCAUAUCAACCUACUGCUGCUUCCAAUAACCUGAUGGCUGGCAUCGGCCUCCCAUUCGGAUUCAGCUUGAAUAUCUCAGCAGUCGCUGCGCAGAUUACGAUCGUUCAGAACUAUACCAAUAUUGCCCAAGUGCAAGGUGUAACAGGCGCAGCGACGACCAUUCUUAAUUCCGUAAAUGCCGGCUUUACCACGGGUACACUUGCGUUGAUCUUGCCGCCUUCGCCAUUGGUUGUUCCCGAUACGUAUGAAGGCCAUCUGAUUUACAGUCAGUUCCAGAAAGAUUUCACUGCGACCAAUGGUAGCUCCUUCUUCCUCAACGGCACAACGACUGCUACGACGUCUACACCAAUCGGCGAGAUCAUUCUCAACCCAGUCAAUUUCUACGUACCUGCCGGCUUGAUCGGACUGCAGCUACUUCAGACAGCGCCCACACUUAUUCUGUCGGUCGAUGUGACAGGUGGUACGCCAGAAUUUAUCGAGCUCAACAUUCUUGUUGGCCUCACGAACCCAUCUAACUUGUUGCUUGAUGUCGGUGAUGUAACAUUCCAGCUCUUUAGGAAUGGCGACUUCCUUGGCAGGACGAUAUUGCCAUCUUUGUCGCUGUCGAUAGGAUACCAGACACACACAUCGAUUGGCCAAUUUGAGGCGAAUAAUAACCCUACCGCACUCGAUACCCUAAAUCGGUUCACGCAAGGCCUUGACUCACAGCUGAGCAUAGGCGGCUACAAUGGAUCAAGUCCUUACGACUCCUUGCAGCAGGCAUUUAUGGCGCUGCAGCUCAACGCGACCCUUGGCGGCUUGCAGACACAACUGCUCAAUUAUGCUGCGCUUACAGUGCUACCAACGACAAAUUUCGCAGACAACAUAGCUGAUGCGACCGUCUCGCUCCAGAAUCCGUUCACUUCGGUGUUAGACAUCACCAAUAUUCAGAGCAACAUAACGUCUCGCGGUUUGUAUUUGGGUUCCAUCGUGACGGACACGAACUUCAUAGCGGGCGGCAAGACUGCAACGAUCUCACCAGCUCUGCCGUUUGGCCUGAAUCUUUACCCGCCAGAUAUCUUUUCGCUGCUACGAGAAUUGGCUGUGGAAGCGGGCUUAGAUCCAGCCUAUAUCGACGGUAUCGUGCAGCUCGGCGGCUACGAGUAUGUACCAACCAGCGGACCUGGCACUCGCAAGGUCAAGCGUGCGAUGCCUCAAGAAGAUGAGGACGACGCCACACUAUGGGCGGACUUCGGUGCCAGUAGUCUCAACGAACUCUUGGUUGCGCCAGGCAAGGUCUCUGGAUCCAUGACUGGGCGCCAUGCAUCGUAUUUGACAGAUCCACAUCGACCUGAGCGUGCUCAGCACCGACUCCAUAAGCGUAACUUAUACACUGGAUUCGACCUGCCUACGUAUGUCGACACAGCUUUCAAACAACUCACUGUCAAUGUCGCGCUCGUCUCUGUCGUCUCGAUCGGUCAAUUCACGACCGAUCUUACGUACUCUCAGGCUGACGUCCCAGUUGUCACGGAUCAGACGCUUAAUUUGCUGCUGCCGGUUCUCGCGUUGCCCAUCGUGCAGAAGAUCGUAGAUGGCGCGGUACUUGCGGUCGAUACCGUGACGAUAACGAACCCAAUGCUCAACUCGUUCGGCACUGGUCUCACUGGCUCGAUCACCCAAUCUGGGCCUUUCGACGCAGUCAUCUCGUUUCCUCAAGGCCUGACAGUCGCUUGGAAUGGCGCGCCAUUAGGACAAAUCGCUAUGCCCGACGUCUCUCUCGUCGGCGAUGUAGGUGCGACACUCAACUUGCAGGCUGCAUUCAGUGUUGCAGACGUUGGACACCUUACCGAUUUUACUAGCUACCUUUUGACAGAAAAGUCGUUCACCUGGGAGAUUUUUGGCCAGAAUCUUGACAUCACUGCUCUCGGCAUCUCUGUGCCUGGCGUCAGCAUUAGCAAGACUGUCGUGCUUGCAGGCAUGGAUAGCUUCAUUGGCGACGUGCUGAUCAAUUCCUUCGAUCUACCCGCAAACGACCCGGCGGGCGGCAUCACAUUGACUCUGCAAACUACGCUGACGAACCCUGCAAGCGUGGGCGUUCAGCUUUCAACCAUUGCGUUUGAAAACACAUUCGGAGCUACAGACAUUGGGCCUGCAGCAAGCACAGCUGCAUUUGUCUUGCCGCCCAAGGGAACACUUCAGCUACCUCUUGCGGGGCGACUCAUACCACAGACGACCCAGCAAGGUCUUGAUGACGUCUCAACAAUAUUCAAUGGCUUUGUGCACGGAGUUCCAGCACAGUUGCUGGUGCACGGUGUCACGGCCGGGCCAGAUGGCGUCACAUGGCUGAACGAUGGCAUCAAGGCGCUUGCGAUUCCUGUGACUUUGCCUGCUGCGGCCAGUCUUCAGAUUAUUAAUUCUAUCACUCUCAAUCAGCUUACGCUUCUGUUCACGACUGCAACGUCCUGGUCUCCGUCGUUCUCGACAUCGAACACGGUUGCAGCCUUCCAGCUGCCAUUCGCUUUCCCGCUUGAUAUCACCGCUGCCUCGACAAAUAUCGUAUCGCAAGAUGCCGGCACCGACUUUGCGCUCAUCACUGUGCCACAGAUUCCUACGACAACAGAUGUGACAGCGCGCUUACUUACUCUGGCAUUUCAAAACGUGCCUUUUGCCGUCGAUCCGACCUAUAGCAAUCAGCAUGCGACCUUCUCACAGUUCCUGACCGAUACGACUGAUGGGGUCAACAAAUCGUUCGUCCUGCAUGGCACCGCUAGCACCGUUGCGCAGACUGCUGUCGGGGCCCUCAACAUCAACGAGAUUCCAUUCCAAGUGACGACAGAGAUUGCAGGCUUGCAAGGCUUGAAUGCUCAGCCGGCAACAGUCUCAAACCUCGACGUCUUUCAUGGUUAUCCGGAUUAUUUGCAGAUCAAUGUCAAUGCCCACAUCUUCAAUCCAUCAGAGAUCACGAUCGGAACAGGCGAUGUCUCAUUUGGACUUACCUUUAUGAAUACGGCGAUUGGCACGGCCGAUAUCACCAAUCUCGUCUUGGUGCCGGAUCAGAACACGGUACCAACCGCGGUACACUAUUCACCCCAGGGUGACGCAGCCGUUGCAGUCGGUCAGAUGCUGUUGGAGAACUUUGUGCAGGGCAUACCAUCGUCGACGGUCAUUAUUGGUUCCGCUGACACCACUCCCAUCGACUCUCUGAAGCAGGCUCUGUCCACCAUCAAGCUUGGCACCGUCAUUCCCCCUCUUAUGCAGAAUUUGAUCACUCAAGCCAACCUGGUAUUCCCUCUUGACAUCGUCCAGACAGGAAUUGCGCAGGCGACGUUCAAUCUUGACAAUCCGUUCACUGCGGCUAUCAAUCUGAAUGCUGUCGACGCGUUCGCCAUGUAUCCCCUGACCACGCCGCCGUUGCAGCUGGGCAACAUUACACAACCAAAUCUUGACCCGGUGAUUACCGCCGCAGGACAUACGCAGAUCACGAGCAGACAGCUACCAUUCAACUUUAAUCUUGACCCUAAGACUAUCAUUCAACUGCUAGUGGCACAGGCUGCCAAGAACAAUGUCGACUUGGGGCCUCUAGUCGAUCAAUUCAAUUAUGUUCUUGGUCUAGAGAGCACAGCGACUUCGAUCUCGACUGCUGUCGACACGGCAGCGCCGACAUGCGUGAGCGGAACCCAGUUUGACGUCUUUGGCGCAAUUCUGAACUCGCUCAAAAAUCUCGAUGUCAGCCUUUCGAUUCAAUCUCAGGUUCAUCUCGACGACUAUGGUACUGCGCUUGACUUUAACCAAUUCAACAUCCCGACGAUCACAGACAGCACAGCAUUGUAUCUCAUUGGCGCAGUUGGCCCGACGAUUGUGCAGAGACUUGUCGAUCAGGCAGUCUUGCAGGCUUUUUCCGCCACGAUCAACAUGUUCACUGACACUUCUUUCUUGGCGGGCAUUGUCGGUACUCUGCGCGACACCGGACCAUUCGAUGCCGCGAUUGCGUUCCCUGACCAAGUCAUCAUCGAUUGGAAUGGCGCAACCAUUGCUACUAUCGCCUUGCCUAACCUCUGCGCGUUUGCCGUCACUUCGAUUCCAAGCUUGAUAACCUCGGGUACCGUUACCAUCACUGACGAGGCUGCAUUCGAUCGCUUUGCAACAUUCUUGCUGCACAAUCCGAGCUUCGAUUGGUUUUUGCACACGCCUGCUUUGCAGGUCACGGCCUUGGGCACGUUCUUCAACAAUGUCAAUUUCGGCAAAACGAUCACGCUCGCAGCUUUCAAUGAUUUUAGCGAUGUUGCGGUCUCAAAUCUCGACGUCUUCCACGGCUUCCCAUCAUAUCUGCAGAUCAAUCUUGACGCAACGCUCAACAAUCCAUCCAAUCUUACGAUCGAUACUCAGCAAGUCGUCUUCAAUCUAGUGUUUGAGAAUCAAGUACUGGGUACAGCGAUCAUUCCUGACCUCGCACUCGUGCCCGGUUCGAAUACUUUGCCGUCCAUGGUACACUUUAUGCCAUCCGGCGACGGAGCUGUCGCUGCAGGCAAUACGCUGCUGGAAAACUUCAUUCAGGCAGUACCGACAACAGCUCAGAUCCAGGGAACGACUGAUUCGACGCCUUAUGUUCCGCUCAAGGUCGCACUAUCGACAUUGACACUCAACACGGUCAUUCCACCGUUGAUGCAGAAUCUAAUCACGCAAGCGCAGCUUACGUUCCCGCUCGACAUUGUUCAGACCGGCAUAGCGCAAGCAACUUUCAACCUCGACAACCCUUUUACGGCGGCCAUCAACCUGCAGAGCGUUGUGGCAAUGGCCAUCUAUCCGCUCACUAACCCCACUCUGAACCUCGGCAACAUUUCGCAGGCUAAUCUCAAUCCAGAGAUUACUGCGCCAGGUCAUACACAGAUCACAAGCCGGACGCUGCCGUUCAACUUCAACUUGGACCCCAAGACAAUCAUCAGACUGCUCGUUGCGCAGGCGGCGAAGAAUAACGUCGAUCUUGGCCCUCUGGUCGACCAAUUCAAUUAUGUACUAGGACUAGCUAGCACAGCUACUACGAUAACGACUGCAGUAGAUACCGGUGCCGCGCCUUGCGUCAGUGGACAACAAUUCGAUGUCUUUGGCGCGAUUUUGAACUCGCUCAAGAAUUUGGAUGUCAACCUGCAGAUCCAGUCUGGUCUCAGCUUGGACGACUACUCACUUAAUCUCGCUUUCAACCAGUUCGACAUCCCAACUAUCACGGACAGUACAGCGUUAUAUCUCAUCGGCGCUGUUGGUCCCACGAUCGUGCAACGACUGGUGGAUCAGGCAACGCUCACUGUAGCAUACGCCGACGUCUUUGAUGUCACCGACAAUGGCUUCACGACGACCCUGCACGGUAUUUUGGCUAACACAGGACCUUUCGAUGCAUAUAUCGGCUUUCCGCAGGGUCUUUUGAUCGAUUGGAUGGGCAUGACCAUCGCGAAUAUUGCCCUGCCGGACCUGUGCGCUGCCGCGACCACUUCGAUCCCAAAUCUGGUCACGAAUGGUGUGCUCACGAUUACCGAUCAGAGCGCGUUUGUGCAAUUUGCGACCUACAUUUUGCACAAUCCGUCGUUUGACUGGUUCCUGCACACUGCCGAUUUGCAAGUCACCGCGCUGGGUACGAUCUUUAGCAAUGUCAACUUUGGCAAGACCAUCACACUUGCAGCUUUCAAUGGCUUGCCGGGUGUCACUAUCAUGAACUUCGAUCUGCCAGGCGAUGCGCCCAAUAACGCUGGCAUCAACAUCCUCACCGGGUCGAUGAUACCUUCUCCAGCGCAGUUAGGCAUCGAUCUGGGUACCGCCAACUUUGUUGCAAAGUACUCAACAGCCACAGUCGGACCCAUCCAUAAUACCGGCGAUCUCUUCUUGGCUCAUCAGGCCACCACGACAGCGCAAUUGGCGGGCAUCAUUCAAAAGCAGCCUGACGCAAGCCUACCCGUGAUUGGACAGCUUUUCAGCCAGUUCUUGCGAGGUCUCGAUUCGACUUUAGCGGUGACGGGUGAUUCUGUCGUGUCAACCGCGCAGCCAAAUUCGCCAGUAAUGUGGCUCACGACAGCCUUCAAGACACUCACCUUGCAAGUAAUACUGCCCGGCACAGUCUACACCAUCAUCGACUCGAUUCUCCUACGUGAUCUCGAGGUCACUAUUAUCAAUGCAGAUCAGGCAUACGCCGUUCCGUCGUCCAACAAAGAGACCGACGCGACCUACACAAAUCCGUUCACCUUCAGUCUGCGGGCUCUAUCGACUGCAGUUCAUAUCAAUGUGGCCUACGCCGGCGUACCGACGGCUACACUAGACCUGCCAUCCGCGCCAGUGCAAGCAGGUGUUACUACAGGACAGCCAGCACCACUCGUGCUAGGUUUCACGGACGUUCCCCUCGUAUCCGUGAACGAUGAUCAGUUCAACGCUUUUUUCGCCGAGGUCACGGAUACGCAAAGAGCCGAUUUCUCGCUGCAAGGCACGGCCGACGUCGUGGCGCAGACGGCAUCCGGCGACUUUCCGAUUUCAGGUAUACCAUUUGGCGCAUCUUCGGAAUUCCCUACGGUGGCCGCAAUCAACACCUAUUUAGAUGGAAUCAACUCGUUCGGUGGCACUGCGACCAUACCGAACACUCCCAUCACGAUUGGCUCGGGCGGCUCGCCAUUCGGUGCGCCCGGAACGUUUGGUACCAAUGCAGGCAACGACUUCAUCCGUAUCACGAUCAACCCUGUUCAGCUUACUAAUCCAUCCACGGUCUCGGUUACGACUAAUGACAUUUCGCUAGCGGUCACAUACAUACCCCUGGCAGAAGACGGAGGCUCGACCGCGCCAGUCGGGCUCGCAACAAUUGCGAUGCUCGACCUCGUGCCUAUGGCUAACAGCGUUAUAUCGGAAUUUCAUUUCACGGGCACAGAUGCUGCUUCGCUGCAACUGGUCACGAAAUAUCUUACCAACGUUCCGGCGCCUUACGGUCAUCCCAUCGACAUCAGGAUUGACGGUACCCAGGCGUCCUCAGACUACGGGUCACUCAAGGAUGCGUUGGAUGGCGUGUCGCUCACGAGCUCGUUUCCUGGUAUAGGCGCUCGUUUGGUGGAUCGCAUCACGAUCUAUGUCAAUCUCGCAAUGGUUGUGUGUCAGAUGGAGGCGACCUUCACUUUCACGGUCAAGAAUCCACUCGAGGCAGCGGUGCUUAUUACUCAGGUCCGUGGCACGGCAUAUCAGCCAUCUGCCAGUCUUGGCGAAGUGCCGUACGCGACUUUUGAUCAGGCAAUAUCGUUCCGAGCAGAACCGACGGCGACUUCCGGGCAAUCGCCCAUCGUCACAGCUUCUUUGCCGCAACCGCUAACACAGAACCUAGUACUAGUCGCUAAUGCCGACAACUUCCAUGGAAGCACGGUCGGACUUGACGUGGAUCUGGAUAUUGAUACCACGGUGCAAUCGCCUAACCAAGAGACCGGUGGUUUUCCUCUCAUACAUCUCAGCUAUGCGGAAGUCAUCAUCCCUUACGAUGUCGUCUUUGUUCCCGAUAACGGUGCAGCAGAGUCGGGGUCGACCUUGCCAAUCUCAGUACCAGACCUCUCCAGUCUGGGGCCGGCGCUGCUAUCAGGAGUAAUCCAAUGCUUCACGUCGGGUGUUGGCAUGUCGAGCUUCUUCUUGCCAGUCAUUGGCAGCACAAUAGCGACUGUCGAAGGCGUUGUCACAUCCAUUGGCGGGCGUAUUGGGGGCAUUUCACUCGUCGGUGAUCUGACAGAUGCGGCUUUCGGCGGCGUUACAGGCGUAUUGGCGGCAUUGGGUAUAUCGACCGAUUUGGAUGGACUAAUCGACACAAUGAUCGGCGGCAUCAUGGGCACGUCCGUCGCCGCCAACGAGCUCGUCGUUCAGACGACGUCUUACACGACGCCUUCGAUCAUCAGGUCACUCUAUACUCAAUGUGCCUCGUUCAGUUCUCCCUGUCAGGCAUCUCUGCGUGGCGGAAAUACUGCCCGAGCAGCUGCUAUCACUCCUCUUGCGCGAAUUGUAGCGACGCCGUCAAGCCCGGUUACUACGACGUUGUCGCUACCAGUCACCCUCCCCAACGGCACGGUAGUGACUGAUAUCGUUCAGAGUAUCGUAGGCUUGGGCUCCUCUGGCGCGUCACUCAUCACACAGAUUACCUCACAGCUGGGAGUGCCUGGUGUAGGCAUCCCGAUCGCACCCACGCCUAAUGUCAUUCCCGUGCCCGAUGUCACGGUGGCCGACGUUCCUGUGGCUACAUCGAUCGCCGGGGUAAGCACGGUCAGCACGACAGACUCAACAGGCACCCCCAACUUGACCGACUUGACGAGUAAUCUCAUUCAGAGGAGAAGCAUGGGUACGCCAGCAGAUCAGCCCACACCCACGACCGCCCUGCUACCGAGACCGACAAAGCCACCUGCCCAGAAACUCCGCUUUGCCGAUAGACAGCUUAUCACUGGCAACGAUGGCCGGAGGGGUUAUGUCCUGACCCUCGAGGAGGCUCUCACCCUGGCACGCAACAUGGCGGAAGACGCAAAGUAGCAAUACAGCACCCCACAACGAUGUACACGGCGAUGUACAGCUUGGCCGCGACGCUGACUAGUGACAAGCGUGGAGCGCCUCGUUUGAACGUGUGCCAAGAGCAUUCACCUGCGCGUUCCCGAGAACCAUGACUGUGACCGGAGAUAGAGCCUCAGCUUAAGCCCUUGC